AAUUUUCGAAAGAAUAAAAUCGAAAUUGUUCAUUGUUCAAUCGUUUUUUAUUCUCAAAAUAACACAAAACAUUUAAAAUAAAGUAAACUUCGUAAAUUCAAUUUCGAUUUUCCUCAGCAACUUUUUUUCGUUAUGUCAAAUGAUUAUGAAAAAAGAUGAUAUAAAGACGAUAAAAAUAAGCAAAAUCCCACGUUCUAAUUAGUUUCGAUACAAAAAGCGAGUGGAGUUAUCUGUGAACAUGUGGCCAUUGAAAGCUCUGUUAAUUGGGUUCGUUGUACAGGCUUUAGGUAUGCAAAUAAUGUCAAAACAGUCCUAAUUCAGAUGCUGAAAACUUUCACUCAAAAAGCGAAUAUUUUUCUCUGGAAGCCCAAGCGAUUAGAUUUAAAUGGAAGCGACAAGAGAUACAACAUAUAUACUAUUCUAGAAACGGUUGAUGAAUUUAAAGCCGUUGCAUUGGGAUCGUCGGCAUUUCUACUCAGUUGGAAGAAACCACAUCAACCAAAUGGCAAAAUACUUGGGUACAACAUUUAUUACAGCGAAGUUAAUGGAACGGAGAGAAACCAACUGAAACCACAAAUCAACAGUCCUUAUGUUACUCAAACCAUUUUGGGUGGAUUGAAACCAGAAACUACUUAUCGAUUGUUCAUUGCAGCCACAACGAAUGCUGGCGAAAUAAAGAUGCAAAGUAUUGUGUUUAAUACGAAACUUCCCGUCCAACCCGACGUACCUUCAUUUACAUGGACACUUCUGGAUGUAAGUGAUGGUGAAGCAACCAUUAGAGUAAAUUGGAAGCCAAAAAUGAAUGGCAACCCUGGAAGUUGUUUCUACGUCAGUUAUCGCACAAAAGGACAAGACGAAUGGAUCAAAACUGGUCGAAUAGUGGCUACAGAUACCGUUGUAAUAAUAUUAUCACCAAUUGUGAAACACGAAAUGGUCAUUGCAUCGGUCGAUGGCAAAUAUAUGGCGAGAAGUGAUAUUCAACUAGUUUUAAGUGAUGAUAUCGUUGGGAAUUUGUAUUUAUAUUGAGUGAAUAGUGCUUGAAAA